UUAUUAUGCCAUUGACAUGUCUUUAAUCUACCUUUGCAUGCUGAAAUAUUAUAGUAAAUAGCUGCUACUUUUUGCAUGCUUACAUUGUUGGUUUCAACUGUGGUUUCAUGAUAACAGUGCAGUAAAUUGUCUUCUCCCUUUUUAAAAAGCUUAAGAUGUUGCGGAGCAUUCUGAUGUUUGACUGACUGAACUGUGUAGAUUUCAUUGGAACUGUUUAAAUUCCAUAAUUACAUCAGAGGGGAUUGGGAUAAAUAUGUGUGCCAUGUGUUUUCUAUCAUCUGAUUCGCAUGCCCCUCUUCACCUCAUGAUGUCUUGGAACGAUCUUCAUAGUUGUUUUAUUGAGCUCUCUCUCUGUACACUGCAGUUUAUAAUUAUUUAGUAUAAGCGGAUGUUAAUAUUUUGUCUUUAUACAUUUUAUACAUCUCAAGCACCUUGAGGGUGCAAGGCCCACUGGAAUAUGGUACAGUUAAUCCGCUUCAUCAAACAAUUUUCUGUAUAUUUGCCAUCUAAUUAAGGCACUCUCUCAAAGCGCCUGACUACAUUUCCAGAAGCUUUUAUGUAUGUAGCUACAGUACACGUACGUGUAAGAAAGGCUAAGUAAAGAUGGUCUCAGCCCAAGUGCCAUGGGUUUUGUCUCACAGCUUGACCUGUUCUGCCCGUUGCUAUGCAACGCAAAGCCCAUCUCGAGGCAUUACCUCCGCUCAGCCUCUCCUGGGCUUAUAGACAUGAGUUGCAUUCUCUAUGAAAGGUUCAAGAGUCCACCCUCCCACCCCCCGCCUCCAUACGUGCAAAUCAUUUGUUUUGUAGUGGAUUUAGGCUUUGUUCUUAUCCCUUUUUGCACUUUUCUCAACUCAACCACUAUAUUUCAGAGGUGUUUUUGAUUUUCAAUAUGAGCACUAGGUUGUUGACUUUUCUUCACGAAUAGACACUUGUUGUAUUUGUUUUUACUUUGUCAUAGUCCAGUGUGAUUUAGUUAGUAUUAUUUUGAAACACAUGGACACAUGAAUGUAUUUGUUAAAAAUAUUAAUAUAAAGUGCCAAUCAUGAAAUACAUUUCCCCUUGAUGAGUGAUGGUGAGAGUGAUGGAGAGUAAUGAGUGGAUAUGACAACAGUGGUUGAAUGAUAAUGAGAGGAGGACAUGUUUGAGUGUCAUCUGCUGCAUAGUAAAUACCCAUUUCAUUAGCCUAGUACAAAAGGAGGAAUGAAAGGAGAGAUACAAGAUCUGAUGGACGUGGGCAUUGAUUUCCAUAAGUAUUCAUUUCAUUAUGAUCACACAGAUUUCUUGUUGUUUAUAAGAGGACAUACUGUAUUGCAAAAUCUUUUAAAAUGGGUACAGUGUGUCUAUGGUUAUUUAUCUGUUUAUCCGUCUUCAUAACUAAAUUAGAAAUAGUUUAUAUUACAGUGAAUUCAUUUUUCAUGACAGCCAUCUUUGUGUGUCCUAGGAUGUUGCUGAGCCUUCUUUCUGGUUUGAUCAUGGGAGCGGCUGUCCUCUUUGUUCUUUACCGCUGGGUGAUCCCCAUGGCUGUGCAGUAUCAUGGAGGCCUGGCACUACUGUGGCAUGAUGUCAUCGUGGAGCGUGCACUGGACACCUUGACCCGGACUUCACGUCCUCAACGUAUUCUGAAGGCAGUGCAGACGAAAGCCACUGUAGGAGACCCCCAGAGUGUGAUCACAGCCAUCGACCACUUCUGCAGACAUAGAGAAUGGGCCAUGAAUGUGGGGGAUGAGAAAGGCUCCAUUCUGGACUCGGUGGUCAAUGAAGUGAGUCCAGUCACUGUCUUGGAGUUAGGCACUUACUGUGGCUACUCAACAGUACGCAUAGCCCGCCUAUUACCCCCUGGAGCCUGUGUCAUUACCUUGGAGUUCAACCCAGAUUAUGCUGCCAUUGCUCGUCAAGUCAUCAAAUGGUCAGGACUGGAAGAUAAGGUGCAGCUAGUGGAGGGAGCCUCAGGAGACUGGAUCCCUUGGAUGAAGGAGCAUUUCGGGGUCCAGGCGUUUGACUUAGUUUUCCUGGACCACUGGAAAGAGCGCUACCUUCCUGACACAAAACUGCUGGAGGAGUGUGGUCUCAUACAGAAAGGCACAGUGCUGCUGGCAGACAAUGUAAUCUGUCCAGGAACCCCUGACUAUCUGGAGUACGUCCGCAACAGCCCUCACUACAACAGCCAGUACUACAGAUCCCACCUGGAGUACACUAAAGCAGAGGACGGCUUGGAGAAGUCUGUGUUCUUAGGGUACUAGCCAAACAUUGAACCUCUUGUUUUAAAACACUGUAACUCUCUUUGUAAUGUAUUUUUUUCUUACAUCUGAGUUAUGACAUACUGUAACUUACUAUGCUAAGCAUUUCUUUCCCUGUAUAUUUAUCUAGAGUAAAUCAAUAUGUCUUGAAAAGUA